AUGGCACAAGCAGCUCGCCGUUCCACACGAUACUUCACAGGCUACUUGCAAAAGCCCCAACCAUUGGGUCGGAAAGAGUUACAGCAUGCAGCCAAACAGUUGCAUUUCUUAGAAACCGCUGCCGCAGACGACCCAGCCGCGCAGCAGCGGAAAGUCGCACAUCGAGUGCUUGGGGACCUUGAAUUUCGUUGCUCCACCCGGCCCAUGACCGAAGAAUUCAUGUUGGCCGGUUUCGCCACCUCCACCGAACCAACCUCUGCAGAGUGCAUUCGUAGUUUUCCCGUAGUCCCCUUUGUAGGUUUAAGUGUUUGGGUCAAUGGGGCAGGCCAGACCAAGAAACCGGCCGACGGCUGGAAAUUCGGACGAGAUUUUGUCUGGAAGGAUUCGUUGCCUGCUGCCCGGCGUGACACCGUUCUUCGCCUGCCGGAAAUACCUCAGUGUCACGCUGCACAAGACCACUAUCUCGAACGACGCCGCGAACCCUGCGUCCCAUACCCCACAGUCUGUCCACUACCGAAGCCCGAUAUGGCACGAGAAGCCCAAGCUAGGUUGCUUAAUGUUUACCUUCGGCCAUGGACCUUAGACCUCCCUAAUUCUACCCUUCACGUGCCCCACAUAGCGGCACUAGACUUACCCUUUGCGGUUAGGAGCGCUCGUUGUCUGACCCGCAUCCACACAAAGAGUCCUGUCGGCCAAAGAAGUCACCACGUGGCCUGGAAAGAGUACGUCGCCAACCACGUUGUUUCGGAGCAUGAGGCCGACGCAAUAGAGCCCCCGUCCAACCGAGACAAGUUGGAAGUGGAUACAUCUUGGGUCAGCAACGAAACCAUUCAUCGGCUAAUCACAGGAGUCGGUUUUGAGUACUCGAAACGCUCCAGUGCCGCAGUCCAUGAAAUUAUCGAAGAAUGGAAAAUUGACUCGGAAAACUACACCGCAUCCCUGCAACCCGUCAACCCCGGCGUGCCCAACAUCAAGCCAGAUCACAGCCAGAGCAUCGCUCACGCACAUACCCAGUCACCUCCAGAGCAGUUUUUGACGUGGACAUAUGGCAACUUGACGGCAGAAGCCGCGGAAGCCUGGCUCACCAACUUGCAAAGUUCCGACGGUAACUGCCGACCCACCGGCGAACAACUGAAGUUUUUGCGCGCUGUCAUCCAACGCUGUCUGCAAGAGGCCACCGAAGAGCAUGCGGGCACGGCCGACACCGAGCCCUUGCGAGCCAUUUUCCAUGGCGCGCCGGGGGCCGGCAAAAGCCAAACUCUCAAGUGGCUACGCAGCUUUUUCGAGGACAUUUGCCACUGGGAGCAUCAGCACCAAUUCGUCUUCUUAGCUCCGCAGAACACUCAGGCCGCGCUCAUCGGCGGUGUCACCCUCCACGCCUUCGCGAACAUCCGUGUUCGAGCCAAAAAGGCCUCCCCGGGCAGCACCCACACCACAGACCAAUUCGUCAAGUAUCAGCGUUUACGUUGGAUCUUAGUUGACGAGACUUCGACCGUCGGACUCGAAAUUCUCGCCACGGUCGAAAAAAACUUCAACAAUCGAUCCGAGACAGAGAUACUUGGAAGCUUCGGCCCGGCGGAGAAAAACGGCCGUUCGCAGGCUCCUGGAACUUCAAAACCCGCACGGUCGAGUGCGGCCAGACAACUUGCGCCGACCUGCACUUGCAAGCUGCAGCCCUUCACAAGCAACCGCUUGAAUGCCAGCAGUGUCGAGCCGAACGCCAACGUCGGUGUCUUGUAG